CGUUGCUAGGUUACAGAGUAUCCGGGGACAGCGUGCUAACAGGCUAACUAAUUCACCAAACUACAUCUCUUCUCUUCUGGGACUGUUGUUCUGACUACACCUCCUAACUACCUGUCCAAAAUGGCUCCGAAAAAGACGAAGCAAAAGACGAGCAAAGCGUCAGGAGGCUCGGAGAAGGAAAAAGACAGGGAAAGGGAAGCAGAAAGUGAAGCGCAGUUACACAGAGAGUAUGAAACUCUGACUGAAACACUCAGCAAUCUCAAGAGGAGGGCAGAACAACUACGAAGAGAUAAUGAGGCUCUUCAGAAUGAGGCCAACCAGAUACGCAUGGAGAGUCAAGAAUACAUGUCGUACAUGUCGAAGUGGACACAGAAGCGGCAGAAUGCGAUUGUUACUCUGUGUGAUCAGAGGCAACAGAAGCUGGAAGAGCUCAGUAAACAGAGAGAGCAGAUGGUGGAGAAACACGAGGAGCGGGUCAACGGCCUGAAGAAGGAGAUUUUGGAGAAGGAGAAUGAGUUGGCUCUGCUGAAUGUUGAACUAGCUGAGCUCGGGGAUGUUAAGAGUCUGCAGCAGCAGCAGUUGGAUCGUAUCGCUGAGCUGGAGCAGGAGGUGGUAUCUGCACGCUAUCGUCAUUCUGAGACUCUUCAUGAUCUAAAAGCUAACAGCCUCACAGAGAGGGAGCGCUACAAGGCUGAGGCGAAACACACGGUGCAGGAACUCACCCUUAAAGCUAACGAGGAAGCAUCAAUCUGUCUGCUUUCGUACAUGCGACACGUGUCUGAGGAGAACAAUCGUCUGUGUGAGGAGCUGCAGCAGCUGAUCCAGAGAGCUCGAGCUCUGCGCAGCCACCAGCAGCUCCUGCAGACGCAGCGCAGACAACUGCUGCUGGAGAAAGAGUAUGUGCAGGAGCUGCAGCGUCUGCGCAUCUCCACAACACAAGGGGCACAGGAGUAACUGCUUCCAACUGACAGAUCCUGGGAUACUGGAUAAUAAACCAUGCUUUGAUUAGUUUUAUGUUCAUCUGAUAGAAGUUAUUGUAUAUGUAGAGUAUUCUGUCUUGAUUUUAACCUAAUGGGGAAAGUAAAUGUGAACUCAUUCUGUAAGGAGAAAUGAUAUAUUAGUAGUUGCAUCUCAAAUGUCAGCGUAAUUACAUCAUCUUUCAUUUAUUGGCAAAUUCUUGUUUAAAGUGUACUUAACAAGGAGGCAGGACACAGAGACAGAGGUCAUGACGGAAGGAUCACAGAGACAGAGGUGAUAUUCAGGAAGGAUAAUCAUGUAACCAGCAGCUCAUGAGAAAUAAUCAGAUCAUUUCAUUCAGCUCACCAGCUAGAACCAACUGGCUAACAGUGGCUGAAAUUGUUUAAUAAAUCUUACGCUAUCUUCGAAAUAACAAAAAAAUCAGCAUUGCAUUUUCUCUAAUUUAUUAAAAUAUUUGUAAAAUCAGACACUACAGAUAUGAAUUCGUGUAUUAAUGUUACUGUGCUGCUGUCUGAGUUUCAUUAAGAAGAUUCAUUUCUAUUUAUCCAAUUCUACAAUCAGCAGUACAGCAGAUCCUCCCUGUCAUAUUGCCUCAUUCAUAUACAGUCCCCUCCAAAAGUAUUGGAUCAGCAAGACCAAUUCUUUUGAUUUUGCUAUACACUGAAGGCAUUUGGGUGAAUAUGAGUAUGAGACAAAUAUUUACUGAGUUUUAUUUAUUUUAAUUUACUUUUAAGACUAUUUGUUCCUAUAGUUUUGCUCACAUUGGGUGGUCUGCCACCAAAGGUGCCAUGUUCUAAGUUCAUCGAACACAUCUAGAUGUAAACAUCAGGAAAUAAAAGCUGAAAUUCUGAUCUAUAAGCGCAUAUUCAUCUUUUGAUCUCAAACCCAAAUGUCCUCAGUGUAUAGGAAAAAACAAAAAAUUGGCCUUGCCUUUCCAGCACAUUUGGAGGGGACUGUAUAUGCCAGAGGUGUCCAACCUUAUCCACAAAGGGCCAGUGUGGGAGCAGAUUUUCAUUCCAAUCAAGCAGGAGCCACAUCUUAUUCCACCAGUUUAAUCAGUUGAUCUUGGCUUUCAAUACACUCAGCUGUGGCUUCUUCUUGGUUGGAUUGAAAACCUGCAACCACACCGGCCCUUUCUGGAUAAAACUGGACACCCCUGGUAUAUGCAAUUCUGCUCUCAACGUUCACCUAAAAAACUCGAUUCAAAGAUCCGACUCGUUCAAACGAUACAUCACUACAGCAUGUCGAGAGAGAUGGAGGGAGAAAAACAGUUGAGAAACUUCAUGAUUAUUUACAGUAAAUUAAUGCGUUGCAGUAUCGAGAAAAUGUUUAUUGGAAUAGCACACUAUUGGGACUUUCUACAAAAAUAUUCUCGUAAUUAACUGCAGAAAUAAAGCAGCAACACAGUUAAUUUAACAUAA